GUUAGCAAUUUGGGCUUGUAAUUAUCGCCUGCUUCAAUAGAGAUUGGUCGCCAUUUUUGAUCGGGUUUUGAACGCAAGGUUUGUCGCAGUUUCGCUGUUUAACUUCAUGCGAAAUACACGGAGCUACAGAUUUGUGUUCAGAGUUGUGUUUCAGAGGCGUUGAAAGAUGAACCGAACUCCGACCAUUGUGAUUGACAGCGGGUCGUUUCUGACCAGGGUGGGGCUUUCUGGUCGUGAUGUUCCCGAGGAUACUUUCCACACUGUUGUUGGAAGGCCAAACGCGGGUGCGGGGCAGGACACCAUCUGUGUGGGGGAAGAGGCGUUCGAGAACCGGGCGACUCUCUCCCUGAGUUACCCGCUGGAUAAAUACAGCAUCACGGACAUGGACGACAUGAAUCGUAUAUGGGAAUUCUGCUUUGUCGAUGUCCUGGGGUGUGAUUCGAUUGCUGAGGUACCGGUGAUGUUGACGGAUGGACCCGUCGAGGCUGAGAUGAAAACAAAGAACAGGGCCAAGAUGGCAGAGAGCAUAUUUGAGACCCACAACGCCCCGUCAUUCUACGUUGCACUCCAGCCGCACCUCGCCCUCCAAAGCAUCGAGAAAACCACGGGAUUGGUUCUCGAUAUUGGAGACAGCAUGGUCAGUUCGGUUCCUGUCGUUGAGGGCGUUGUUGUGACGUCAGGUAUCGUCACGAUGGAUGUUGUAGCCGGUCGGCAGAUGACAGACUACCUGGCGAAGCUGUUGAAUGAACAAGAUGGCGUCUCAAUAACCGACCGCGAGACUAUCAGUGCCAUAAAGGAGAAGCACAGCUACAUCGCGUGGGACUACGAGGGGGAGUUCAACCUGUCGGGAUGUAAACCCGUGGAAUACACCCUGCCUGGCGGACAGGUGAUUUCACUGGGAACCGAGCGAUUCCGAUGCGCCGAACCCCUCUUCCGAAGCUCGCUUCUCGGUGGUACGGAAACUGACAAAGGAGUACACAAAAUGGCGCACGAAAGCAUCCAACAAUGCGACGAGUCCGCAAGGGGCGCCCUCUACGAAAACAUCGUGUUAGCCGGUGGUUCGAGUUGUACCAGCCACCUUCCCCAACGCCUGAAGAAGGAAAUACAAGCCCUGGCCGGGGCGGAGACUAAUGUGAAAGUGUUGACUGCACCCACAAGGGCGUGGUCGGCUUGGCUGGGCGGCUCCUUCUUCGCCUCGGAGGAGAAUUUUCCCGAGUUGGCGGUGAGCAGGAAAGAGUACCAGGAACAUGGUGUGAAUAUAAUCAAUGCAAAAUGCACAAAUUGAUCUGGGUACCAUCUAAGCCCCCUCCCCUUUCCGGUAUCAAAAUAGUUUUAAUUGUUGUCAAAAACAAUUCCAAAAAUAUAUAUAUAAGAAAAACACAAUGUUUCCCAACCUGUCAGUUAAUUCACUGUUUUUUAUAUUCCAGUCCAUAGCUAUGAUUACGCAGAUUAAAAUACAAAAUAAAAUGAAUUUUGUUAACUGCUGCGGAAAUUGACUUCUUAAUUCGACCAUUAUCAUCCAAAAAAGAGUGUUUAAAUUUAAUACGUUUUGGGGAUGUCUUUCAUUGCUGUCAAACCAUGUCAUAUGAUUUAUCUUCAAUAUUGUAACAUUUGUAUGCAAUAUUAGGACAGCUUUGCAAUAACGAUAGUUGUUGAUGAUCAUCUGAUAUAAAUUGACACUCCACUAUUUGGUUGGCAAAAUGAGGGAUAACAAUCACACUUUUUUUGUUUGGGGCUGAUGGUAUGGUGGUGUGACGCAACCGCGUUUGUGCAUCCUAUAGUAUACACAAUUUAAUUUGCAUAUUUCAUGAGAAAGGCUAAUCGGAAUUCCAUGUUAAAUAUAAGUAAUAAAAAAUAAUUAUAUAAACAGUUAUUUUUGAAUGUAUAUUCCAUUUGAAUGCAGUCGGGGUUUUUUUCUUAUUGAAACCACAUAUCAAUAUAUUUGCCUCAACUUUAUGUAUAACUUUAUCAAAAUAAUUAUUUCUUCUCUGCACAUAGGAGUACAAUUAUCUUCUUUGCCGUUCUAAUUGAUUGUUUUUUUUUGUAUAUUUUAAUUUUAACCCAAAUAAACUACUCGGUUUCACAAGUUCAUCAGAACUUAGUCUCUCUGGUUGCAAGUUGGCUUUGUGUAUUUUGUAUUUGCAUAUCUUUGUAUUAGCUGUUUAUGUUAAUUGCAUGCAAUGAAAUUGUGAAGUUGCAAAAUAAAAGUGAAACAACAAAACGGCAACAGUUGUCUCUUUAACUUGAGUUUUAUUUGUCACUUUGUUAAAGUGUGAUGAAUACAUCAGGUUGUUGUGAAUACAUUAUUUGUAUGGGACAAUAAACAAAAAGCAGUAAAUAUUAUAGCACAAUGAGUAUGACGUCACAACCCAAAACACUUGACUCCACGCUGUUCGGAGUCGAAAGAAGUAGCGUCACUGACUGACGUGCAAGUUGAUACUAAAUCGCAAUCUUUAAAA